AUGUCGACACUUCUUGCUCCUGGCUCUGCGGCGUUGCCAGCGAUUCCUGCUGCAUUUGCCCCUGCGCCUCUUGCGGCGCUAGGUUCUGUCGUGGAGUCGACGCCUGUGUUCGCCGCGACGUUCAUUCCUCUGCACGCCAUGGGGCCUGCUCGUGCGCCCGCUCCUGUGCUUGCUCGUGCGCUUGCCCCUGCGCCAGCUCCAGCGCCUGUUCCUGGGCCCGUUGUGGCGUCCGCUCCUGCGCCUGUUCCUGCGCCCGUUGUGGCGUCCGCUCCUGCGCCUGUUCUUGCCCCUGCGGUGGCGUCCGCUCAUGCGCCUGCUCCUGCGUGUCCUCCUGCCCUUGCACUGUCACUUCCCCUAGCCCCCGGGGUGUCGCCAGUGCCUGCUGCUGUGGCCUCGUCUGCGCCUGCUGGCGCGUCCCCGUACUGCUGCAGGCUGUGCCCGACGGGGCGCUUUGUGCUGUUGCUGCUGACCCGGCAGCGUCAUCCGUCUCCUGGCCGCCGACACCAUCAGCCCCACUCCCCUGGACCACGUGACGAGCGCGAGACGUCGAGGCGCCGUCACGAUUCUCCCCGGCAUCGCCAAUCUCAGGCGGGAUGGCCUGCUCACCGUGGUGGUCGCGGUGGCUGGAGGGGAGGUCGCGGUCGCGGCCACUGGGGGGAGUCGGAUCCUUCUUUGAUGCUAGCCGAUAUGCAGCGGGUGGUAUUUGCUGCAUUGCGCAAGGAGAGGGCCGGGGUGGCGAGCCAGAGUAGUUCACAACAUGUUGGACCUGUGGCUCCUCCUCCCGCUGCACCCCCUGUUGUCGCGCCGCCGGCCGUUGCUCAUCCUCCCGCUCCUGCUGUGUCAUCCUCUGCAGCCGGGGCCCACCUACGACUGCCCUGGGUGCCUUCUGUGGCGGGCAUGGAGUUCGUGUCUGCUGCUGGAGGGGUGGCGCCUGUUCAUCCUCAUUAUGAAUCUGCUCCCUCUGCCGUUGCUGCUCAUUUUCCUGUCCUGGCAGAAGAGGUCCUCCCCCCGCAGGUGCGGGUCCCCAAGGUGACGCUCGGCCAGAUGUGGCGGCUCUCUGAGAGCCUUCGUGCGCUCCUGCUGAUCCAGGUUCAGGCGCAUGCCUCGCUGUCCUGA